AUGAUAUCUGAUGCAGAACUGAAUACAUCGGCGGACAGCAAAAAUGGAACUGAAAGUACUGCUACUGACUCUCCUAAGCUGGUGACAUCGAAGAGCCUUUUUGGCAACAGCGCUUCGCGGCUGCGGGAGUCCGAUUUGGAGCAGAUUGCGCAGGAAAACGAAACCUCAGCCAAGGCGUUGGACGAAUCGCAAGAAAAUAUCAGCCUUGCCAGGGAUGAUGAAAAGUUGAACCAGUCGUUGCCACCUGAGAACAUCGCUCAACACAGUGAGAAUGGCAAUCACACUCUGGAAAUUUCACAGAUUGCGGAAGAUGAACAGCUCUCGCGUGCAGCCGAGGUUACUGAGGAACCAGAAGAAGACGUUGAGCAAACAUCACCGAAUGAGCCCUCAGAAUCUAAAGAGGCUAUCGAAACGGCAGUAGAUGACGAUGCGGAGGAGACUAACAGCGAAUCUGCUUUCGAGCAGGAUGCGAAAGAGGAGGAAGACUCCUCGACGGCAGUUCGUUCCACUGAGACGGUCACAGGAAACGCGAAUGAAACGAUUUCUGGCCCUUCCCUUGCCGAUGAGCUUGCUGGCCUUGAACAGCCCGAGGAAGAGGAACAAAUCAGCGAGGAAGCUUCUGCUGAACCCCCGGCCGAGGACGUUGAUAUGCAAAGUACUCAAGAAAAUACAGGCACAGAGGCCACCGAUGAUGCUACGGAACCGGAGGAUUCGAUUGUUACUGAUGAAGAAACGCUGGUCACUACCGCUACUUCAUUUGACGAGAAGGAUGUCGACCCUGAAGCGGAAGAAGUCGCCCCCAAGUCACCUGCCAAGCGCCGCGGUCGCAGCUCCGUUACUUCGACGCCUGUCAGCAGCCAAAAAUCUACCGUUGAAGAAGAGAAUUUGAACACUUCUACUCGCUCCCGCCGCUCGACACAAGCCACGCCCAAGAAGACAGUCACUCCGUCGCCAAGAGGUCGUCGAUCGGUGAAGCAACCUACGCCGGUUAUUGCCGAAGAAGAGGAGAAGGAAGAAGCUGAGGAGGCGAUCGCGUCGCCCCAAGAUGAAGCCAAAGUUGAAGAUGAGGCGCCGAAAGAGGCCGUGUCGUCUGUAUCGCGUACCUCUUCUCGUCGAUCGAAAGCGACCGCCGAGACCCCGGCCGAAGUUUCGACGCCUACCCGAAGCCUGCGCGGACGUGCUUCCACAUCGGCCACUCCGGCUGCUAAGACUCCUAAGACAAAGGCUCCUGCAGCUGAGACGCAAUCUCGAAAGCGUGCAGGGAAAGCCAACGAGUCAACGCAAUCUGUCGAAGCCGUCACUCCGAAAAGCCGCGGACGCCGCUCUGGAGCCGCUGAAAAAGUUGAAGAACCCGUCGAGCGCGAAGAGGAUCCCUUCGAUUUCGAGGAGAUGGGAGAUACGCACCCCGAGCCGCUGAAGAACAUCCAGGUUGAGGUGAAAUCGUUCGGAGAGGCCCGCUAUUCGAAGGUUGGCGCCGGAAAAUAUUCGAAUACCGAGAAGGCAGCUUCUGGUCGUGUUGGCAUCGUCGAAUCACCUCCUGAGAAGCCAGCUGUUCGGAGGAGUUUGAUGGAACUGACUCAGCGCGAGGCUGAUCUAGCCGCUCAAGCCACUCGCAGCGCACCGACUAAGAGAUCCAAGCGCGUUGUCGAGGAGGAAGAUGAGGGAAUGGACUUUUCCGAGGAAACGCCGAAGUCUACGUUCAAGGCUACUCCUAUCAAAAAACAAACUUCGGAGAGGAAGCGAGCGGCUGCGGCUGAAGCGUCGUCAACUCCGAAGAAAGCCAAGUUCCAGUUUCCGGAACUUACAGAGGAGGAACAGAUUGCUGCGGACUUGCCUGAUGAUGCUGAACCUGGCGUUGCCCCUGGCUCUAGGGUCUUUGCUCUGUAUGACAAAGUCUUCUAUCCCGCUAUCGUCAUCGGACGGGGCUUGGGCACGUUCCAAGUCAAGUUCGUUGAAGACAAAUUGGACAAGGAACUACCGGAAGCUUCGAUCAUUCCGAUCGCCCUCCUCACACCUGGCACCUUCGCUGUUGUUGAUGACAAUGAUCUCGCGGUUCGCUGCGAAGUUGUCGCUUUGCCGAGAAAAGCCGACUGGGGCAAGGGCCUUGUUUCGCUCCGUUCCGCGUCCGAGGAGGACAAUAAAGAAUUUGAG